GAAAGCGCCGAGGAAGGCGCUGAAGACUCGCUUUCCCGUGAGGCCCCGCGCGGGAGCGGCCUACACAGGCCUGGCCGAAGGGAGAGCCAGCCUUCGGGAGCCUCGGAAGUUCUCCUUCUCCGCCGCUUUGCCUUCUUCGUCGUCGUCGGCCAUGGGCUCCUUACUCAGCCGCCGCAUCGCCGGCGUGGAGGACAUCGACAUCCAGGCCAACUCGGCCUAUCGGUACCCGCCCAAGUCCGGGAACUACUUUGCCAGCCACUUCUUCAUGGGGGGAGAGAAGUUUGACACGCCACAUCCAGAGGGGUACCUUUUUGGGGAAAACAUGGACCUGAACUUCCUGGGGAACCGCCCUGUCCAGUUUCCCUAUGUGACCCCUGCACCUCACGAACCAGUGAAGACCCUGCGCAGUUUGGUCAACAUCCGCAAGGACUCCCUUCGCCUGGUCAGGUACAAGGAAGACACAGAUAGGCCCAUCGAGGAGAAUGGGAAGCAGAAGGCCCUCUACAGCCUGGAGUUCACCUUCGAUGCUGAUGCUAGGGUUGCCAUCACCAUCUACUGCCAGGCAACAGAGGAGUUUGUGAGUGGGAUGGCCGUCUACAGCACCAAGAACCCCUCCCUGCAGUCGGAGACAGUCCACUACAAGCGCGGGGUCAGCCAGCAGUUCUCCCUGCCCUCCUUCAAGAUCGACUUCUCUGAUUGGAAAGACGACGAGCUUAACUUCGACCUGGACCGGGGCAUUUUCCCUGUGGUUAUCCAGGCUGUGGUGGACGAAGGCGACGUGGUUGUGGAAGUGACUGGCCAUGCUCACAUCCUCCUGGCGGCCUUUGAGAAGCAUGUCGAUGGAAGUUUCUCCGUGAAGCCCCUGAAGCAGAAGCAGAUUGUGGACAGGGUCAGUUACCUCCUUCAGGAGAUCUAUGGCAUCGAGAAUAAGAACAACCAGGAAACGAAGCCCUGUGACGACGAGAACAGCGACAACAGCAAUGAGUGUGUGGUUUGCCUCUCAGACCUGCGGGACACCCUCAUCCUGCCUUGCCGGCACCUCUGCCUCUGCAACUCCUGUGCGGACACCCUGCGCUACCAGGCCAACAACUGCCCCAUCUGCCGCCUGCCCUUCCGGGCCCUUCUACAGAUUCGUGCGGUCCGGAAGAAGCCAGGGGCCCUCUCCCCACUCUCCUUCAGCCCCGUCUUGGCACAGACCCUGGACCAUGAUGAGCAUUCGUGUUCAGACAACAUCCCUCCGGGCUAUGAGCCCAUCUCUCUUCUGGAAGCCCUGAAUGGCCUGCGCUCGGCCUCACCCUCCAUCCCCUCAGCCCCGCUUUACGAGGAGAUCACGUACACAGGGGUCCUGGAUGGGCUGCCCCUCUCUGGGAGGCCUCUGGGGGCACUGGACCGGGCCCCAGAGGGCGGCCACCAGAAGAGCAAGCGCAGCAAGUCCCCUGACAGCACCCUUCGCUCCCCCUCUUCGCCAAUCCAUGAGGAGGAUGAGGAGGAGAAGCUCUCCGAAGACUCGGACCUCCAGCCUCCUCCUCUUCUUGCUACGGGGACGGAGCUGGUUCUGCGCGAAGGCAGCUCCCCAGAGAGCCUGACCUUGGACGACUCAGAGGAGAUGCACUCGCUGCAACAAGAGAGCCAGCCCCCCUCUGUGGAGGACAUCAUCCAAGAGAGCAGCAGUAGCAGCAGCGUCAGCAUCAGUACUGCCUCUGAGGCCAGGAGCCUCCCCCGGAUGGAGAGUGAGCUGCCCACUGAGGUCUACCUGCCAGGGUCCUCCGACUUCGCCGGCACUCUCUCUGGCCGUGGGACCAGUGGCCAUCCUGGGCAGCCUUUCCUCUUCGGACAGCCUUCCUCCUCGUCCUCCUCCUGAGCACCUGGUUUAGGAGGGGGGGUGGGCGCAAUGCCAAACAUCCUUCUCUGCUGCCCUGUAUGGGCCCUCCUUCCUUCUUUCCGUUCUACCAAUGAAGAAGAAUUCUUCCCAGAUACUCAAAGACAGACCUUGUUCCCUUUCCAUUUGGUGGGCUCCAUCUCUCUCCUUGCCUUUCUUUUGACAGUUUUGCAUGCUCCAAAUGUGCUGCUUCCUCUCCCCAUUCCUUGGCAGAGGUGGGGGUCGAUGCAGUGAAAAUCUCUUUGUAAAUAGACCUCCCUUUUCAAUGCCCGCCCUGCCCUCCAACUUUGCAAAAGUGUUGGGUUUGCUGCUGCAGCACUCAGCAUUCCUCCCUAACCCACAAGCAACCCACGGGGCAACAACCCCUUUGCUCCUGUGGGGCUGCCUUUUCUGUGCCAGAACCCCCCCCCCCCCAAAUAACCAGGUGCCUGUCUGACCAAACCGGUGCCCUUUUAUGGCUAUGGGGCAGCACAAGGCAGCUUGGGGCAAAUCUAUUACCCCUUGGCAGAAAGCCCUGCUCCAUGACUUGAGUCCUUUGCCUGGUGCCUUGUUCGUUCCCCGAUUUUUCUCCUCCGAAGGCAGGUGUCUCUCCUCAUUGCAAAACCAGGCAGCCCCUCUCUUGGAUUACAGCUCCCAUACUUCCCAUCUGGUGGUCACAGGCUUUUCACUCAAGUCAGAGAAGGCUGCAGGGUUGACCCCUGAACCGAGAUGCCCCGCAGUCCCACAGCUGCCUUGGGCCCUUUGGGGUUGGCACCAGCCUCUUUCCAGCCUCCUGUCUUCCCUUUAGGGGCCAUAACUGACCUAUUAUAUAGCAAGGGGAUAUUUUGGUGAUGUUUGUAAAGUGCUCUGGACAUUUGAAAUGUGCUACGUAUAAAGUACUAAGUAUUAUUA